AUGGCAAAAGUUCAUCCCUUUCAUUCCUUUGAAACGACUUGCCCCUUCACUUCCAAGCAAGAAACUUUCACCAUAUGGAUGAAGUCUCUGAUACUAAAUGGAAAUGGAUGUACUGUCUUUGAUUCGCAAGGCCAAAUUGUGUUUCGUGUUGAUAAUUAUGAUAUCAGAUGCGCAGAUGAAGUUUUUCUCAUGGAUCAAAAAGGCAAUGUCUUGUUUACCAUACUAAGAAAGAAAUACAAGUUUUCUAGGGUUUGGGAGGGUUUCAGAUCCAGUAAUGACCAGAAAGAACCAAACUUUCGGGUCAGAUCAAAAGGUAACAGGAUUCACAGAGAAGCUUUGACGUACGAAGUUAAGCUUGGACUGGAAAAGAACCAGCCAUAUUCUCACAGAAUAGAAUGCAGCACAUGGAAGUCAUCUUUCUGCAAAAUCUCAGAUCAGUUUGGAGGGCUUGUAGCAGAGUUAAGGAGAAAGAAGGCAAGCUGCGGAGUUGAUUUGGGAGAAGAUGUUGUGUCAAUGGUAGUGGAACCAAACAUAGACCUUUCUCUUAUCAUGGGGCUUGUUGUAGCUUACUGCCUCAUCAACUGUAAAAUGUAA